GUUCGUUCAAGCAAACCAUUCAACCAUUUUUCUAAAUGGAGUUGAUUAUUGUUCUUGUUUACUUGAUAGGUUUUCAAUCUUUUCCACCAGUGUUGUGUAGCUACACCAGAAUGAUCCACUUUCCUUUUUUCUGUUUUUGUUUGCCUGCUGGACUCAGAGUGUCAUCUACUCUUAGGAUUCUGGACAAGCGUCCGGACUGCAACCAACAGGGUCUUGACAACUGCAAAAUUAAUAACUGCUCAGACAAGCGCAUUGUCGUACCUACAAGUUAUGCUCCUAACUGCCCAGAAUGGGAUAGUGAGCAUGUGGGAGUCUGGAAGGACAAACACGGGCCUGUUUCUGUUGUGAAUGUGACGUGGAAAAUACGGUGUGAUGCAAGUGUAGUGGCCCUUACUGGAUCAGAAAUAAAUAUUGUGGAUGAAAGUACAAAUCAAAGUAUCUGUGUGCAGUAUUCUUACAAACUCAGCCAACAGCAGAAUCCAAACAAUAAUAUGUGGACAUUUUCCUUGGACAAAGUCGUGGUAGAGCCUGGGCAUACAUAUAUGGUGUCAGUUAUAAAUCUGCCAGAACGUGAUAUUGAGGACAACUCAAAUAAAACAAAAAAGAAAAUCACCAUCCCAGGGUGCGGGGACAAGAAAAUCGAAAAGGCCCAAAUAUGUCUGGAAAAUGGAAGUCUAUGGGAUCCUAACAUGACCACUACUGUGUCUCUUAAUAAAGAACGUAAAAGGUUUUCCAUUGUUGUGGGUUUUGAGGCAGCACCAUAUUCUGAGAGAUACCAAGUCUCCAUACAGAGUCAUGGUUUCUAUUACUCAACUAAUGUCUCGAAGGAAAACAGAUCAUCACUGAAUGUGACAUUUGAGUUUGGUUGGUGGCAGCUCUCACAAUGUAAAAUGUUUUUAAUGAUUCAGCCAUUCUUUAUUCAAUGCAAGAAUGACUGUAAGAUCAAAAAUAAAACAAUCGAUUUAUGCCCAAAUUAUCUACCACGGACCUUCAUUAUAAAAGCAACUGUGGGGCUGCUUUUCAUUGGUGCUUGUCUUGCUUGUUUACUGUGGCGUGCCUCUCAGAAAGAUCCUGUGAACACAGCGUUAUCUGCUGCCAAACAACAACCAGAAGGUUUUCAAGUGCAAGCGAGAAAAAGAGUCCUCGUCAUCUACUCCCUUGAUCACCCUUUAUACAAAACCAUUGUCCUGAAGCUGUGUGCCUUCCUGGUGACCAAAUGUGGUACUGAAGUGGUCCUGGAUAUGUUUGACUCAACAAGACUGGGAGUGUUGGGAAGCAUCCAGUGGUUGGACUGGCACAGAGAACAAAUAGAAAGCUCUUCAGAUAAGAUACUUAUUCUGUGCUCACGAGGAGUGCAAGCCAAAUGGAGAGCCAUGUGUGGUGACAAACAGGUUUUUCUGAGAGAGGACGCCCGUUCACCUGUAGGUGACAUGCUCAGUCCAGCCCUCUUCCUCAUGAUCCCCCAUUUUAUCCGAUCUGCGUCAUUUGAAAAGUACAUAGUGGCUUACUUUGGUGAUGUUUGUUCUGAAGAAGAUGUUCCUUCACCUUUCAACAUUACAGUAAGAUACAAGCUGAUGAAACAGUUUGAGGAGCUCUUUUUCAGAAUCUUGGACACUGAGAAGCACGAGCCCGGCAAAGUAAAUCACAUUGAAGGGCUUUCAGAGGACGAGUACCAUCAUUGUCCCUCAGGCGGAGCCCUGCGAGAUGCCAUAGAGGCUUUUCAUGCACACCAGCUGGAGAAUCCCCAGUGGUUUGAAGAUGAAUUACUGGAAAGCUCAAAUACCUCAGCUGAAAUCUGUUACGAUGCAGAAAUAACCACAAACCUCAUUACAUAUUCUGUCCCCGACUCGACCCAUGUCGUCAGUCAUUUAAAGACACAAAAAAGUGAUUUCAAUGCAGACAAAACAGGACCUUAUGUGACUGAAGAGUUUCAAAUGUGCACCUCAGUUGAGUUCAACCCUCUUAUUGCAGAGAACAUGCAGCCAGCUUGAUAUGAUUGCAUUUUUGAGACAUCAAUGGAGAUCCUCCCAACACUUUGAUGAAACUAUCAAAAGCAAUCCAUCAGUUAUUCAAUUUGAUGUGACUCAUGUUCUACAAUCGUAGGAGCAACAGAAAUCUGCUGAGAGAAAUAACCAAUGGAUACAAACAGAUAUUAAACUCAUAUUGGAGCAAGUAAUCAGCAGAUAUGUGGACAAUGAAUGUAAAGACUUGGAUGAAUCUGUUUAACUUUUCUCCAACCAGUUACCAGAUGUGAAUAAAAAAGAAAAUAUGUGGAGGUUUUGUGCAAAUUUAGCUUGGUGUUUUUUUAUAUUAUUUCAUUUAUUUUGUAUCUACUUGUCUUUAUGUCAGUUCUGCAGUAUUUUUGCAUAUUGCGUUAAUGUUAAAUAUCUCUUGCUUUCAUUCAGCCAAAUGCAGAGGUAGUUUAGACCACAGGGAUCUGUGGUUGAUGCUUUUGGUCUGUGUAAACAGACUUUGGGUCGAAGUUCAGCCUUCUGGGCAAAGUUUCUAGCAUUUUGUUGCACUGGAGAAGGUAAGCAGUAAACCAUGUUUGUGGGACGCUGUUUUGUAUGAUAAUGAGCUGAUUGAAUGUAAUGUGGUUUGGACUUUAAUAUUGCAAAGCAUUGGCUUUUUGAUUAAACAAUUGUAACACAGGUAUAUGGUCUCACUCCUACUGCAAAGAUAGAGCAUGUGAGCAGAAAUGAAUAUUUGUUUUUAACUCGUUUAGACUGAUGAAGCUUUUCAGAUAUUUUCAUUGUGAUUUGAAUUGU